GAAAUCCACAGCAAUGGCUGCCUGGCUGCACGAAGAUACUGUAAAUGAGCCAGCCGUCCGAAUCACACAGACUCGACCACUUUUCCUUGGCUUGAGGCAUGUCAGCUGUUUCCCCUAUCGAGCUCUCUCGCUCUAACCUCCUUUAUGACAGAACACGCCACGUCGUCACUUUCCGACCAAUCUUCCUACAUAAAGUGACCUUCUAGUUCAUUCUAAUUGCGACUACUGGGACAGAUGCAGCCAGUGAGCGCUCUCUCGCGCUUUCCAUGGUCAACACCAGUAGUGUACCCCCCCUUCCAACAUCACCUACGUCGUAGAUAUUUUUCCGCCAUCCACAAAUAUCGACCAGCAUCAAUCGAAACAAUCGAGCACACAAAUAUCGAUUCCAGCUGAGUCUACGCUGCUCCGUGGCUCUGACUCGACCACGAAGAAGCUUUCCGCGUCAUGCAACUUGGGAAAUCCCACUGUCGUUUUAGUCGCCAGAUAUUCUCCCCCUCCUCUUCCGCUGCUCUUCCGCUGCUCUUCCGUUGUUUUGUCGAGCAAUUAGUCUCUUGAGCGCCCGAUGGUGUCUGCCUGCUUUGGGUACACAACAGAGCUCAGCUCUGCUGCUGCCAGCACGGAAUCAGUGAUUUCUUAGGAGCCGCUGAACCUUUCUGUAGCCGCCAUGGGGUGUGUUUGCACCAUGAAGCUCCGUAGGCCUCACACCUCUGAACCGUACAAAACUCCUUCAUCUCCACAACCAUGCUCCCGCCAACCACACCUGUUCACUUCCACGGAGCCUGAUUUUCUGGACACUGAAUGGGAGAUUCUAGACAGCGUCUCUCCAGCGAUUUCCAGCCCUUUGUGGACGGUAACGGAAACCGUCAACGCUUACGUCUUCUGCGUGGAGCAACGCGGUCUUCCGCUGGAGCGCGUGCAAGUUCUGCUGGACAGACGCGUAGGCCACGGGCUCGUUGACAGGCAUUGGAAGGAAGAGAACGACCCUAUCGGUAGCAGAUCAUCCGACCAGGAAAAUGACUGGUCGCAGCAGUCGCCCACCCAGCAGUCGCAAUGGUCGCAGGCGUCGCCCAGGCAUGGCACGGAUUCCGGCAGCUUGGAAGCAGCGCAGCUAACCAUCGUGUGCGCGUUUCCCUCCGCUUCUCACACCGCAGACAGGGCAGGCUCCCUCUGGACGGCUGGCCGGCGAUUCAGACUGCCACCUGACGCCGUAGCAGAGGAAACGGCGGCCAUGCAGACGGUGAGAGGAUCGUUGGUCGUCAACGUCCCUCGCUCCCCGUCGAGAAAACCCAGCACUUCGUGUUGCUCAUCCUUCUUCGUACCCUUCUGGAAAGUCCUACGGUCCAAGAUUUGGCAGGUGGACUGUACACGUGGCAUCAGCAGCGUCAUCGUUAACCGCCUCGUCAUCAUCACAUCCAGAGAAGCAGUAUCAAUCAUCCCCCAACUCGUUUCAGCAUUUUGAUCCUGAGUUGCUCCAAAGUCUGCAAGUAUGAGGUGUGAUGCAGCCAGGUGCUUCAAGCAUUGUGAUGGCAUCAGCCUGCAUUGGGCUUUUCCUCCUGUACAGUUCUUUUCCCUCCUACUAGAUUACCAGGUGCGAACUGUGUACCAAGUUCAGUUGAGCGUAGUGUUUUCCAAGCAUACG